AUGCGCGCGGCGCUGAUGUCGGAGCGCGCGCGCGGAUUCCAGCCCGGGAUCGCGACGACGUUGAAUUGGCUGAGCGAGAUUUCAUUCGGCGCGCGAAAGACGCGCGAAAAGUUUGUGAAGGGACCGCUGGACGCGCUCGCGGCGGCGUACGGGGAAUUUUUGUAUGAUUUACCGUAUCGACGACAGGAUGGGAGCUUACCGCCGGGAGGCGAGCGGACGAUCGAGGACGCGGUGCGCAGGCUGAAGCGAAGCGAAAAGGCGCGUCGAUUGGACGCGGAGCGAGAGGUGCGGGAUUUCUGGCGAGCGGGGGGGGAGACGCGAACGGGAUUCGAUCAGAUGGCCGCCGAGUACACGAUGGCGCUCGUGAUGGAUCUUGAGCGAGGGGUGAUCGCGUGCGAAAUGGAGGAGGAUUCGAGAGCCGUGGAGGCUAUGCUCGGCGAACCGACGUUGAGCGCGCUGUGCGAAGCGCUGGAGCGAAUCAAGCAAAUUUGUCUGUGCUCGUCCGCGGCGGAUGCGGCAAAGAUGGCUUACGGGUAUCCAGAGUUACUCCUGACGAGCUCGAGCGCCAUCGUGGCUCGAUUGUCGCAGCUGAAGACUAUGAUUCCUGGCGCCGACGUCGGCGCGAUUUUGCGACAAGACUCCAAGAGCUUCCUUCAGCGCGACAUUCCAGAGAUUAAAGAGCGCUUCCGCGCCCUUCGCGACGCCUUUCCUCGCGUCAACGUCGCUCGCCUGGUGGAGUACGAUCCAUCCUUGCUACUGCUCGACGUCAACGUCGGCUUGAACGCGCUGCGAGAGCUCUGGACCGAGGAAGAGUUCGCGCAAUCGGACGAAGACAACCCGUUCUUCGCCGAGGAGUUGAGUUUAGCCAUCAAAACCCUCGCCGCGUCGCCGCCGUCCUUCUCUCGCGUCCUCGUCCCCGACAGUCGACGACUGAUGGGAGGUGCGCCGCCACCGCGCCUCGGGCCGUCCGCCAAGUCGCAAAAGCGGCUGAAGCUGGACGUGUUCGGGGGAGAUCAGUGGUUUAAAAGAAAGUGCGAGGAUGCGUAUCGCGAAAAGCCGUCGUUGGAACUUUGGCACGAUUUGAGCUCGCGGUUGAUCGAGGCCGACAUCGUGCCGACGCGAUUGCGAGAUGUGACGCAACAGCACGUGAGCACGAGCGAUGUGGAGAUGCACGCGUUGAUCGGGGAUAAGAUAUUUGGCGCGGCGUUGUUGGAGGAAAUCGUCGGGAACAGACUGUGCAAGGAUACGGGAGAGGCGACGAGGCAGUAUUCAGAGGUAGCGAGUAAUGCGUCGAUGGCGCAGUUGGUGUCUGAAUGUCUGCCACAACACGUGCAAGGAGGCAGAGAGGUUGAAGAACACAGCGCGGGAACGCUAGUCGAGGCGGCGGUGUACAUGGUGAAUCAAAUGGCCGGCGGACCUCAGGCGGUGCAGCAGUUGGCGAAGUGGUUCGUUUAUAACGUCGUCGUGGAGGGAAAAAAACAAAGGAGAUUCACCAACCCGAAAGGAUUGAUUAUCGAACUCAACGGUCACACGAUGUCGCAUCGAAUCGAGGGCACGGCCGAUCACGAGCCCGCGUUCCAAGCGCGAUGCGUUUGGCCAAAAGAAGCGCCGAGAGAACAGCAGCGGGAGACGACAGCCAUCGGGAAGAGCAAAAAAGAAGCCGAGGCGAACGCGGCGAAAGAAAUGCUCGAAAUCUACGGUCACGAGAUUUACAACGCCCCGGCGCAAGAGUCGGCCAAGCUCAAGGAGAAAAAAGAUUUGAAAAUGGAAAACGCGUACGGACAUCUCCUCACCUUGGGCGGCGUCCUCGUCGGAGAGUGCAUCAACACCGCCUCAACGAACGAAACUGCGCGUUACGUCGCCACCGUGCGUUUAGGCAACGAUGAAGCUCGCGCUGAGGCGACGAGCAAGAAACAAGCCAUUCGUUUAGCGUCGCAGCAGAUCUUAGAGGCCAACGGCGAGUACGACUGA